AGAUGUCAGAAAAACAGAGGGGGAGGGACCGUACAGAUGGAAGUCAUAUUUUAAAGCAGCAAUAUAUAUAUAUAUAUUUUAGACUGAAUUCCGUUUAGUCUACCGUAAGUACAGUCAGUCAGCCAGCCAGYAGAUCAGUAGAUGUCCACCCCUACAGAGCAUGCGGGUGGUAUGUCCCAGCCCCACCCGGGUCCCCAGGCARGUGGUAUGUCCCAGCCCCACCCGGGUCCCUCUCCGUGCCCAGGCCGGUCCCCAGGACCAGGCCCCUCCCCUAGCUCCGGACCCCCCAGCGGACCCCCCAGCCUACAGGGGCAGGGGGCUGGGGACUACCUUCAGGACACCAUGCACCCCAUGCACCAGCCGAUGGAGGGCGUUGAUGAGAAGGGGAUGGGAGAUGAGACGAACUAUGGCCAGAUGAAGGGAGUUGGGAUGAGRGCGCUACACAGCGGAAUGGGCCCUUCACAGAGCCCUCUGGACCAGCACAGCAACCAAGGCUACAUGCCCCCACAGCCAUCCCCCCUGGGUGUCCCAGAGCACGCUUCCAGCCCCCUAUCCAGGGGCGGCCCUACGCCUCCCAUGCCCCCUCAGAUGUCCCCCGUCCCGUCGGGCUCCAUGAUCCCCCAGAUGGACCCCCAGUCAGCCAUGGGUCCCCAGGGGCCUCUUGGUCGUGGCUGCUCCUCCUUCAGCCCUGUCCAAUUACAGCAACUCCGGGCCCAGAUCCUGGCCUAUAAGAUCCUGGGGCGGGGCCAACCGCUUCCUGAAAACCUCCAGCUGGCGGUCCAGGGCAAGAGGAGUCUGCCCACCAUGCAGCAACAGCAACAGCAGCAGCCGAGCACUGGCAGCCCCUACAGCAGGCCUCCUGGUCAAGGUGGUGAUACUCCCAGCAACCCCCAGAAGCUUCUAGCUCCGCCACCCAGUGGUAGACCCUCACCUGCCCCACCCCAGGCCCCUCCCCCUGGACCCAUGUCCGGCCCCUCUAUUACCCAUCAGCCCCAGGGACAGCAGCCGUCGCCCGUCAUCACACUGCAACAGAAACAGAACCGCGUCACGCCGAUCCAGAAACCACAGGGCCUGGACCCCACAGAGAUCCUGCAGGAGAGAGAGUACAGGCUGCAGGCCCGUAUCGCCACGGAUCCGGGAGCUGGAGAGUCUACCUGGAGCCCUGCCUCCGGACCUGAGGAGUAAAGCCACGGUGGAACUCAAGGCUCUGAGACUUCUCAACUUCCAGCG